GAUAUCAGAAAACUAUCACCAUAAUUGACCAAAUCAACAACAGAACUAAGAGAAACCACAUGAUUAUCUCAAUAGUUGGGGAAAAGGAGCUCCUGUGCCGGCUGCUGGGGGUGGCCAUGGCGCCGCUUCUGGAAUGCGAGAGACAGCUGGUGCUGGAGCUGUUAGAAGCGGAUGGGCUGGUGGUGUGUGCCCGCGGGCUCGGUGCAGACCGGCUCCUCUACCACUUCAUCCGGCUGCACUGCCACCCGGGGUGCCCGGUGCUGGUGCUCAACACUCAGCCGCAGAGGAGGAGUAUUUUAUCAAUCAACUGAAGUUAGAGGAAGUUGAACACCUUCCUCGACUUGUGACAAA